UCGGUCACGGUUCUCCACAUGGCGAGAUGGGUGGCAGAAGGACGGGCGGACUGGGCUACGCCUGUUGCGCUUAGGCCUGGGACCCUCGUAGACACGGUCGCCAUCGUCGUCCUCGCUGGGGCCAGCGGCAACGUUCUCCUUGUUCGCAGCGUGCCUCUUCCGAGGCUCUUCAUCAACUUCCUCUUCCUUGACUCCCUCGACCUCCCGUGCUCUCUUUCCCCCCCUCUGGCUCUCUGUCUGUGCGUGUGUCCAAAGCUGACGGUGAGAGUGCGCCCGGUAGCCGCUAGUGGUGAGAGGGGCUGAGACAUGCUCGGCGCGGCCCGAAGGCGUGUCGGAUCGGAGGUGGUGGCUGCAAGACAGGGCGGCGCCUCGUCUGGCUGUAUUUGUUGCUAGUUUGUUCGACGCGAACUGAACAGUGGCGGAUACCGCUGUACGAGUCCCCCGUCGAACAUCAUCGUCUCUGGGUGGCUGGCUCCUGUAUUCAGGGACACGCGACGGCUGUCCACCACUUGGGCGAGCUAGAGCU